AUGGUCAUCAUGAAGUUGUUGUUGAUCGCCGUUUGUGUUGUCGUGUUUGGGUCGUCCAGAGUAUACAGCGCCUCUCCUCACAUCAGGGAAGCGGCGGAGAGCAAGACCCCCAAAAGCAUUUUGACUCCUGAUGGAGAACAAGAAAGAUUAUAUAGCGGACGUCGGAGUGCCUUCAAUGGGGCACCUAGUGGCUUAGUAGGACCUGGAGGAACAUUUAGUGCGAAGCCAGGUGGUAAAGGAGCUGUAACAGCAAGCGGACACCCUGGAAACACCAACCCGCUUGGGGACUUCUCCAAGUCCGGAAGUCAGGCUUUCACUAAUUCAGACACAAGUGCCAGCGUCAAGCCACAUGUGAAUGGAUUCACCAGUGAGCCUGUGAGAGCCUUCAGCGGUAAUCGUGCUGCCUUCGGAAACACCUUUGGUGUAAAACAUGAUCUGUCAAGCACCUUUGCAGACUCCUCAAAUGAUCCAGUUAGCUCCUCGAAUCCCCCUCGCAACGGCAAAAGUUCCUCUGGUAGCAAAUUGAUAACCACUGUUAUUGGUUCAUCUGCUUCAGCUAAGCUUGAUGCGAGUAAUACUGGUAAUUCGGCGAAGAAUGCUGCCUCAAAUGGCAACGAUGGUUCCUUUGACAGCUCCUUUGGUGUUACUCAUCAGUCAAAUGACUUUUCGGACUUCUCAAACGGAAUUACUAGCUCGUUUGGUGGCCCACACGACCUAAGAGGCUUUGGCAAGUCCCUCGGUGCCUCCGGUAGUGGGUUUUUCACUAAUUUUGGCGAAAAUGGUGCCUUCAAUCCUCUUAAUACGGAAUUCAACAGCGGUUCUCAUAGUUCAUUCGGCGGUAAUGAUGGUUCAUCUAACAGCGCCUUUGAUAUAAGAAAUGGCCAACCAAGUGCACACAUAAACACUCAGGGUGGUCCCUUUGGUGGCAUUCGUGGGUCAGGCGCUGCAGGUAGUGGACCUUUUGCUAGUUCAGGAGCGAACAGGGCUUUUAAUCCGGUUAACCAAUUCUCGAGUGAUUCGGUUAGCUCCUUCGAUAACUCUUUUCGUGUCAAUAGUGGUCAAUCAAAUGGUUUUGGGAACCCAUCUGGAGGUUUUGGUGACCUUCGUGACUCUGUUGACGGGUCUGGCACAUCUGUAAGUGGGUCUUUUGGUAAUCCCAGUGCGAGUAGGAAUUUCAGUCCGAGUCAAAAUGUAUUCGUCAGCGGUCCCAGUAGCCCAUUUGGAAGCAACGAUGAUUCUUUUCACAGUUCCUUUGGCGAAAGAAAUGACCAGUCGAAUAGCUUUGUAGACUCCUCGGGUGGAAUUACUGACACUUUUCGUGGCCCUCGGGACUCUAUUGGGGGGUCUGACCGCUCUCUCGGUGCCUCUGGCAGUGGGUCGUUUGCUAAUCCUGGUGAAAUAGGUUCUAACAAUCCAAUUAACGAAGAUUUAUCAAGUUUUCCUGGUAGUUCAUUCGGUGGAAAGGAUGACUCCUUCGAUAGCACUUUUGGUGCAAGAAAUGGUCAGUCAGGCGGCUUCGGAGAAUCGUCAAAUGGUGGUGUUAGUUCCUUUGGUAAAAUUCCUGGUUUUGUAGCUGCCCCAGGAAGUGGAAGCGGCACUUUUAAUCAGAUGGACAAACAGUUUUCUAGUGGAUCGGCUGGCUCCUUUGGCGGCGAUGUUGGUUCCGUCGACAGCUCGUUUGGUGUCAAGAACGGUCAAUCAGAUGGGACUACAGACUUGUUGAAUGGUCUUCUCGGUUCGUUUAGUGGCCUUCGUGGGUCUGAAAGUGCAUUUGGCAGCUCUCUCGAUACUUCCGGUAGUGGAAGUGGUCCUAAAGGUCCCUUUCAUGGCGAUAAUGGUUCAUUCGAUAACUCCUUUGAUGCAAAAAAUGGUAGGCCAGAAGGCUUCGGGGGCUUCCUGGACAGAAAUGAUGGCUCGUCUGGUGGCUUUGGAGGUGAAUCUGUUGGCGGGUUUGGUGACUCAAACAGUGGAAGAGGUGUUAGUGUGUUUCCUAAUCCUGCUGUAAAUGGCAAAGUUAACCCGAUUAACAAGGAUUUCUCCAGCGCUCCUACUGGUUCAUUCAUGGGCAAUGGUGGUUCCUUUGACAACACCUUCCGUGUUAAAGGCGAUCAACCAGGAGGCUUCACUGACUCUUCAAAUGGGUUUGCUGGCUCUUUUGGUGGAGUUCGCGACCCAGUUGGAGCCUUUGGUAAUCCUCAAGGUACUCCAAGUAGUUUCCUCGGUGGCUUCAGUGGGUCCGGGAGUAGUCCCGAAGGCUUCAGUGGGCCCGGGAGUAGUCUCGGUGGCUUCAGUGGGCCCGACAGUAGUCCCAGUGGCUUCAGUGCGCCAGGCAGUAGUCACGGAGGUUUCAGUGGGUCCGGGAGUAGUCCCAAUGGCUUCAGUGGGCCCGGGAGUAGUCCCAAUGGCUUCAGUGGGCCUGGGAGUAGUCCCGGUGGCUUCAGUGGGCCCGGCAGUAGUCCCGGUGGCUUCAGUGGGCCCGGCAGUAGUCCCGGUGGCUUCAGUGGGCCCGACAAUAGUCCCGGUGGCUUCAGUGGGCCCGGGAGUAGUCUCGGUGGCUUCAGUGGGUCCGGAAGUAGUCCCGGUGGCUUCAGUGGGCCCGGCAGUAGUCUCGGUGGCUUCAGUGGGCCCGGCAGUGGCCCCGAUGGCUUCAGUGGGCCCGGCAGUAAUCCCGGUGGCUUCAGUGGGCCCGGCAGUAGCCCCGAUGGCUUCAGUGGGUCCGGCAGUAGCCCCGGUGGCUUCAGUGGGCCAGGCAGUAGUCACGGAGGCUUCAGUGGGCCCGGGAGUAGCCCCGGUGGCUUCAGUGGGCCCGGCAGUAGUCUCGGUGGCUUCAGUGGGCCCGGCAGUAGUCCCGGUGGCUUCAGUGGGUCCGGCAGUAGUCCCGGUGGCUUCAGUGGGCCCGGGAGUAGCCCCGGUGGCUUCAGUGGGCCCGGCAGUAGUCCCAGUGGCUUCAGUGGGUCCGGCAGUAGUCCCGGUGGCUUCAGUGGGCCCAGCAGUAGUCACGGAGGCUUCAGUGGGCCCGGGAAUAGUCCCGGUGGCUUCAGUGGGCCCGGUAGUAGUCCCGUUGGCUUCAGUGGGCCCGGCAGUAGCCCCGGUGGCUUCAGUGGGCCCGGCAGUAGUCUCGAUGGCUUCAGUGGGCCCGGGAGUAGUCCCGGUGGCUUCAGUGGGCCCGGCAGUAGUCCCGGUGGCUUCAGUGGGCCCGGCAGUAGUCUCGGUGGCUUCAGUGGGCCCGGCAGUAGCCCCGGUGGCUUCAGUGGGCCCGGCAGUAGUCUCGAUGGCUUCAGUGGGCCCGGGAGUAGUCCCGGUGGCUUCAGUGGGCCCGGCAGUAGUCCCGGUGGCUUCAGUGGGCCCGGCAGUAGUCUCGGUGGCUUCAGUGGGCCCGGGAGUAGUCCCGGUGGCUUCAGUGGGCCCGGGAGUAGUCCCGGUGGCUUCAGUGGGCCCGGGAGUAGCCCCGGUACCUCUACCAGUUCCUUCGGCAACAGCGGUGGAGUAUUCAUAGCCUUCGUGACUCCGUCGGGAGUCUUCUUGGCUCCGUGGGCGGUUCUGGUGUCCCCUUCAGGUGUAGUUGGAUAA